CUUUGCGUCGUCGGACUUUUACUAGUUUGGUAGCAGUAGUGGCACAAGCAUCUCUUACAUUAGGUAGGACAAGUCAAGUUCUCAUGUUUUGAAAUUUGAAUAUCAAAGGACACAAUUAAAAAAAAAGGAAAAAGUUGAAUUAAUUAAUAUCAAUAUAACACUCUCUGAAUAGAUGCUAAUGUGGCUAUAAGCCAACAUUUUCUAUUAAACAAAGAUUAACCACUUUUACAUCCGUAUAAUGUGUUAUUUAUUCAAUGUUUCUUCCCCAAGCUAAACUGGUAAGCAGUAGAGUAGUUAAUUGGUCCUCUUGCGCGGUAGUUCAAUUAGUCAAGUCUUGGCUUCCGCGUUAAGUUUCAAAACUCAAGCUUUGACUUUUAAGAACAAAAGUAAACCUUUGUUUUAUAGUUGUGCAAACACAUCGGCAUCGAAAUAAUUUAUUUGUAUGUAAUUUAUUUUAAUAUAUAGAUACAUUUGUCUAAAAUAAUUUAGAUCAUUGAUUUGAAAGAAAAAUGUUUUAGUUGUCUCAUUAAACUUAAUAAAUAAGCAUAUGAAUAUGAUGAUAAGAAUAUCUUGCUUGAGCAGUUUGCAUGUUAGAUGUUAGCUUUGAUAAGGUUUAUUUUAUAAUAGCCGCGUAAAUAUAUAUAUUUUUAGCACUCUCAAUUCAAAAUUGUGUAUACAUCGAGUGUUGUAGAGCGACCCCUUCAAGUCACAAUACGUGGUCAACACGCAAAUCGUGAGAUGGCGCCGGUAAAAUCCGACCUAAGUGAUGAACUCAUUGAGUCAUGACCACUUCCUCGUAAAGAAGCAUAUAUAUACUCCCUCUCCAACUCUCCUAUCCAACAUAACCAUACCUCCUAAUUUUCUUUCUUAACCAAACAAACAAAAAUCUUUUAUUACCUGACUACUUCGAAGCUCCUCCUUAUUCUUUUUACGCAAAGCAGAGAAAGCAAAAUAAUAUGAGGAGAGUUAGUUGGUCUACUAUUUUGAUCGUGGUGAUGAUGGUGUCGUUGUUGGUGGUAGAACACGUGGUGGUUCCUGCCGCGGCGGGGAGGGUUCUAAUGGAGAAGUCAGGAGACGGAAGAGCGACGGUGAUGAGUGUGGAGAAGAUGAAGUCGACGGUGGGUUCCUGGUUUCAGCGUCUGGCUUCAGGUCCUAGUCCAAGAGGUCGUGGCCAUUAAAACUAGUUUUCUUUUUUCAAGCUGGAGGAGAUGGAUUAGUGUCGAUAUAACCAAUAUGUAUACAAAAAAAAUAUUCAAUUCAUUUAUUUCUUUGUUGUUUGAUCUCUAGGGUAAAUUCACAUAUUUAGCCAGUAGAAACCAAACCAUCAUUUUGACCCCGAAAGUAAAUAUAUCUUACACCAUCAUUA